GAACGUGUGGAGCGAGUUGCGCCGUCUUUCACGACUCUGCCCCCAAGUGACAAAGGAACUGAGAGACAUUGCGCGUGUUGCUGUCAAGGCGGGUAAACAUACCCUGAACGGUUGAUUGAACGGCUGUGCGUGUGGCUACGUCUUGACUGGAUGUUGUGGAUUGCUACCUCAGCCACAGUUUGUAGAAAAUGACGGUUAAACACAAUCAAGUACUUAUCUCACUGAUUCUGACUCUUUCUUUCAUCAAUGAUGUGUCUUCAAAUACAACUGACACAUCCACGCUAAUUGAUGUGUCUUCAAAUACAACUGACACAUCCACGCUAAUUGAUGUGUCUUCAAAUACAACUGACACAUCCACGCUAAUUGAUGUGUCUUCAAAUACAACUGACACAUCCACGCUAAUUGAUGUGUCUUCAAAUACAACUGACACAUCCACGCUAAUUGAUGUGUCUUCAAAUACAACUGACACAUCCACGCUAAUUGAUGUGUCUUCAAAUACAACUGACACAUCCACGCUAAUUGCAGUUUCCUUACCUACAACGGCUGGGACACCAACAUCAGCAGAUUCCACGUGUCCGGGGGGUGUCGGUCUGCUUGGAACAGAAUACACAAUAGUAGGUGACAGAAGCAACUAUACAGGCUUGGUAUGGGUACGACCAACUGAUGGCCGGUAUGUCGUCACCUGCAACCCCAGCUGCAGCCCCGUGGCUGGAUACAGGGCAACUUUGAACGCCACACACUCGACACUCACUAUACACAGUGUUGGGGUGGCAGAUGCUGGUACAUGGAAGAUCGUUGAUGCGAAUGUAGGGGGUGCCAUCCCUGUCGGCGUGUGUCAGCUGACGACAGCUGGAUCAUCGUCCAGCCGUCUCUCUUCAACAACUCCAAGGUCCACGACAGUUAACGUUGUUGAGGGUCGGUUACCUGUAGGUGCUCUUAUCGGAAUUGUGAUCUCCAUCGUGAUCGUUCAGGCUAUAAUAGUCAGUUUAGCUCAUUAUUCCGUGCACCUCGUGGACAGAAGACAGGGAAAGACGUUUUACUAAAGGUCGGAGGUUUGUGCUGGUGCAGAAAGUAGAAGCAACUCAUAUACUGAUAUCUUGAUUUAAUGUCCAGUACUUGCAUCUACAAAAAGGCUUGUGUAAGAUAAGACGUAUCUGGAUAUAAAAAUCUCAAUAUCAAAUGUUGCUUUCCUGAAUAUCAAGUGCAUAUGUAAAGUGUUCAAAUCUAAAGUUAUUGAACAUUUCUUGAAGACAUAUAUACACAUGGAAAUCAAUUUAGUACCACCCAUAAUUUUGUGAUUGAGUCAAUUUACUUGCGGCGUAGUGCGUUCCAGAUGACACUGAGUAUCAAAUGCUGUCAUAAAACAUUUAGAAAGCAAGGCUUUUAUUUGGAACAAGGAAUUUAUUGUGAUUUGUUGGCAUCUUUGGGAACACAACAAAGUGAAAAUUACUGUUGCCACUCAAUA